AUGCCGCUGUCGGCGCUGCUUUUCCUAACAUCCCUCAUAACCGCCGCUGCCAUCGUCAUCCCCGUCGCCGUGCUGGCCUUCCAGGGCGCGAACGAGACGGUCGAUGACAUCUUGCUUGUUGUUAGAGACAACUAUGCCGGCCAGCUGGUCUCCCUGGUGUCCUCGACACUUGGUGUUGUGUAUGCUGCCACGCACAGGAAUGCGGAGGAUUUUGCGAUUGUGUCGACGCUGCAGGCUUAUGCGGGGCAGUCCAUUGACUUUAUCACCCAUAACAGUCUUGAUGUGACUGACCAGCUCCCCAUCCGGAAAACGAAAAGAAUCUACGCAUACUCGCAGGCCGUCAACCAAUACGAUUUCCUCAUGGCGAUGGGUGUCUCCGCGGGUGACGGCAGAGACGCAGUGUUCGUCUCCCAUCUAAACGGCCCAGGGUCAUACUACCACAAUGUGCCUCCGAACAGCCCCGGUCUGCAGCUGGUAGUCACCGGAUACGACCUGGCCACCCGGACCGCGACUUUCAUCCCUCCAGUCAACUCAUCCUUCCCUAACGCGGGGGUGGUGGUGACCAACCCGGCCGGACAAUGGGCGAGCCAGCCAGUCUGGGCGCCGCUGACAUUCAUGCCGGACGGAACCCCGAUUUUCGCGGGUCUAUAUGGUUUGAAUCAACCGCAAUGGAGCGGCGUCGCCUUCGGAACCCCCGGACCCAACCGCGCACCCGACUACAUCCAGCAGACUGUGGCGAAUUUGCAGCGGUAUUCGGAUCUUCUGUCGGAACUCAAAACAACCCCAAACACUGUGAUCGCCAUUUGGGAUGCGAACGGGCUGCUUGUUGCAAGCAAUGCAGACCAGUCGGUGUUGUUCAACCCGGCAGCGCACCCGCCAGUCAGUUGGAGUGCCGAGUCGGCGCCUACGCAGACCAUUGCGAUCCCUGCUCAGAAAGUCCUCGCCAAAUAUGGAAGCUACGCGAAAAUCCCCGACGCAACGUCUAACACGUUUUCGACCGCUAAUGGCGACCUUUUUGUUGACACGCGCCGCAUCAACGACGCCACCAACAUCAACUGGACCGUAAUGCUCGCCAUCCCCCAAUCCGACCUCCUCGGGCCGCUCAAAGCCUCCCGCAACAAAGUCAUCGGCGUCUCUGUCGGGAUCGCCGUCGCUAUGCUCGCCUUCGCCGCCUUCAGCAGCUACUUCGUCACGCGGCCCCUCCGCGAGCUCACGCGGAUCAUGGUGCAAGCGAGCAACAUGGACUUCUCGGCGCUGCAGCAGGGGUAUCUGAAGCAAACGCAGUUUGUGAGGGAGCUGGGCAAGAUGCAGGCGGUCUUUGGCGGGAUGCUGCAGAGGUUUGCGAGGGCUAUUGAGGACAAUCGGAGGCUCGCGACCCAUGGAAAGGGAAGCCAGCCCAGUGGGUUCACUUCCCCCAGGAAACUGUCGAUCAUCAAGACUACCGCAGUGGACGUCGGGAGUAACGAUGGUCUGAAAACGUCGUUGUCUCCCAUGAGCGAAGCGGAGAGGGAAUGAAGGUUGUCAUGCUCUUUCUUCGACAAUCAAGAGAAUUGAACUAGCUCCUGGUUCGAUACAGUUCAUAGGAAAUUUGCUUGGCUGUAGUCUCGUCGUACCACAACUCCCGAAUGCUUUGCAGCAUCUGUACUAUAUACGCGCUGUCGAAACACGUCAAAGAUGUUCCCUCUCCGCGUAAAUCCUGC